AUAUUCCAAUUGCAUGAAGGGAAAAGAGAUGUUGCAGUUUUGAAACGAGGCAACAAAUUCCCCGGAUGGAAGGGUAAACAAGAAGAGCGUGUGGGAGAGGCGCAUGACGACAAUUAAGGCUGAUGUUCGCCUGCAUCCAAAGAGAAGCCGAGACGCCCGAGACGUGCGCUUUCUUUCCGGGAGACGCUGUGCACGCACGUCGCAGCGGUGGCCGGGAACAAUUAAAGGAAGCUGCUUAAUGCGUCUACCUCUGAACUCUGAGUAACCUGUGGAAGACGUAGCACAUCUCUCCCUGCUUGGCCACUGAGGAUUAAAUCACAUGCUCAGACCUCUUCUGUAGUACAACACAUGACUGUGGCACAUACUUUCUCUGGAAAGGAAUAACUCUUAAUAGCUACUUCGCUACACGUCACACCGGACCAGAGACGAUUACUGAAAAAAAAAUAAAAAUACUGGCUCGUGGGACAUUUACAUUAAAGAAAAGCUGGCUGAGGUGACAGAGGUGAUGGGGAACAAGAACACUGGUCCGCCCAAAGGUCCAGAUACUGCAACUCUCCAGAAGAAGGACGAUGAUAUGUGCAUCAGCAGUGUCUCAGGUACAAUACUUAUAUUUAAUAAUCACCCUGACAGACAGUUUCUCAUUUAUGAAGUGGGUAGACACAGCGAAUCAUUUCUUUCUGCAAAGAACUGCUGGUUGGAAGCUUAUCACCAUGAUGCUGCCCCCUUUUAAGAGUGCACAAGGCAACCAGAGCAUUAAGACGCGCAGGGUGAUACUAAGCCCCAGACAAAUACUCUUGGCUGUAUGCCUAUAAUAUACCACACAGCUGGAGAUGGUAAGCUACAGUAUGUUAUGUAAGCGACAAAGCGACAAAGAGCGAGCGAAAUACAUCGUGUUUAUGUGUGUGCGUUGGUAGAUUUAGGUACAGCGCAGCAAAAAUAAAUAAAUAAAUAAAUCCUGAAAUGACAACAUUUUAACCAUUUUCUUUUGGAAUUUAAUGUAGUUUAAAUUGAAUUGAAAGCAUGCAUCUAAAAAGUUUAGUUAAGUCAAUCUUGUUUAAAUACACUCUAGGUAGUUAUAGGCCACUAGUUGAAAUACAUUUAUUAUUAUUAUGAUUUUUUUGUACAAAUGGUUAGUACAACAGAGUCAAAAAGCUACAAACUAAUCAAAAGGUUGAUCGACACAGAAAUUUACAAAGAAAACAGUAAUACUCGUAAUGUGGGCCUCAUCUGACACACUGGCCCAUAUAAAAGGGAAACCAAAGACCACAAUGACUAUCACGACUCGGAGACUACAAUUCAUGUCACAACUACCCUUUGCGUGUUGCGUCAGCUAUAUGCGCCACAUAAUGUGACCGAACCCGGAAAACAGCUUCGCAGACUCCCCGUGUAUGUUGCGAUGUCUAGCAUAACUAAGAGUUGACAUGACAUGAUGGUUUGAACCUGUUCAAACCUUGUUUGGAGCUCAGGUGUUUUUCGGGUUUGGUCAUGGGAUGUUCCACAUAUACAGUAUUUUAUCCAUCCAUCCAUUAUCUUCUCCUCACAAGGGUCACGGGAGCGCCGGAGCCUAUCCCAGCUAUCAUCGGGCAGGAGGCGGGGUACACCCUGAACUGGUUGCCAGCCAAUCGCAGGGCACAUACAAACAAACAAUCAUUCGCACUCGCAUUCACACCUAUGGGCAAUUUAGAGUCUUUAAUUAACCUACCAUGCAUGUUUUUGGGAUGUGGGAGGAAACCGGAGUGCCCGGAGAAAAGCCACGCAGGCACGGGGAGAACAUGCAAACUCUACACUGGCGGGGCCGGGGAUUGAACCCCAGACCUCAGAACCAUGAGGCAGACGCUCUAACCAGAUGGCCACCGUGUCGCCUACAGUAUUUUCUACUUUUGAAAAUCUGCAGAUUAUACCAAUUGUUUUUAGUUUUUAAUUAUUAUUAUUAUUUUUUUACAAUAUACUUGCUUACUGCAAUCCCCUCGCAGCCGCAUUUGGGAAAGGAGUGUCACAGUUGUCAAUUUAGAUGGUUUGAUGCAUUUGGGGUGACAAAACUAUAUAUCUAAGCAAAAUGGCGGGUGAGUCUGGAACGUAUUCCUGCAAUAAAUGUGGGUUCAUGAGAUGGAUUAUGUAUUAGAUAUUACACACAUUUUGCAAUAAAAAAAAACCAACCCCAAUGCAUCCCAAAAUGUAAAUGCAUAUUGCAUGCACAGUAGUGGACUCAAGCAGAUAUAAAGAGCUGCUAAUCUAGCAUCCAUCAUUGUGAAUCAUACUUUAUUAUUUGUGCGUCAUCACUUUGUCGUACUUUGCAUGAGGGGCAUGUUUGGUCAGAUGCCCCUUCAUCAUGGAUAACACACACUUCUGACAUCACGGAAGACAUCACUGCGUCAUCAUCACCGGGCAAAUUUUCCUGCACUUGAGAAUGCGUCAGAAGGGAAACAUACAAGGCUACGCAUAAUGAAUUGGAUAUGAAAAACAGCAGGUGAGUCUUGCAGGAGUUGUGUUUGUUUUCUGGUAUGUUUCCAGGAAGUGUCUCCAGAUAUGGAGCGUCGAGCCUCAGCCCAGAGCUGCUGGCCUCUCUACAGUCUCUCGGAGAAAACAAUGACUACACAGUACUGCCACACUCGCUGCACCAGGCCCGCCGUCUCCAAGGAACUGUCCUUGGUCCUUGUCCCCCGCUGCACCGGAACGCCAGCUUGGUGCAGACCAGUCUGCCAAAAACACGCUCAACGAACCUUCCAUUCGCAACAUAAUCUGCCGGCAUUUGUGCCCUGCUGCACAUGUGCUGUCCAUGAAAAUAGAGCCCUUCAUCUCCACAAUUGCAGAGGCCUGCGCACUCCAAGAGGAUUACCAGUUGGCCAUCCAGCUUCUCCAGCUUGAGAAGCUCUACCAUGAACGUGUGCUCUUCAACCUCACCGUCCUGCACGAGAACUGGGAGAGCCGCUGCAAAGAGAAGGAGGCUGACAUCCGUUUGCCUGCCGAAACAGACAACAUCAAUCAGAAACACAUUGAGACACUGAGACACAUCUGUGGGACACACCUCAGCCCAUCCCUGAGUGAGGAUAUAAGGCUAAUAGACAUUGAAAUCAAGAAAGAGGCAUCCCCUCAGGCAUUCAAGCAUGAAAUAACACACAGAGAUGACGACGAAGUGGCAAGAAUGAAGUCCAACUCGGGUCAUGCUAAGCGUCCUAAACACGGAAGUGAAGAAGAGCUGCAUGAGGAAAUGACGGAAGUAGCGGAGGAAGAGGAGGAGGUGAAGGUGGAGUGGCCAGCAGGGGUUGCCCAGGCGUCGGACACGGACCUGGCCAGACUUUGCCAUGCUAAUGGGAGUCUGUGCCCCGAUGGUCUGGUUUCCAUCCUGAAGAGGAGGAGAGCAUCCCUGGAUGGACUGCCGCCCCCCAGCGACGUGGACAACAAGAUGAACUCCAAACGCAAAGUCCGCUUCAGCGAACCGGAAGAUGGCGUCGAACAAGACGAAGUGGGUGGAAACUCCUGCUUGAUCCUGCUCCUGCUGUGUCUUGUUACCGUGGUGAUCAGCGUUGGUGGGACCGGGCUCUACUGCUCCUUGGUGGACACGUCCUCCAACAUUUGCACCGACUUCGCUCUCAACUUCAACUUCUACGUGACAAACGUGCGGAGUUUCUCCGAAGGGCUCAGACAAUGGCUGUCUCGCUGGACAUAAGACGCAUCACUUGAAGCCGUUUGGGGUCGAAGUCAUAGACAAAGACAAACAGUUGUGAGCUUGUUGAGACUCAAGAAUUUGAGUUUGAAUUUGUCAGAGAAACACAGAGCUGUAAACAUUUUCGAGUCCAAAGGUGAUUGCUUGCCUAUGUGAAUCGUUUAUCGUAGACAAAACCUUGACCUCAGAAGGGUUCUUGCAACUUUCACGUGUGUGCAUAUUUGAACAAAUACUUGUUUCCGUCAUUUGUAGCAGUUUUGGGAUUUUUCUUUUCGUCCUUUGUUCCAAUUACUUUUGGCCUGUGUUAUGAUUUGAUCUGUAUUGAUACAAUAAGGAAGUUGUCACUUUCACGAUUGCAUGAGUUUGUUUUUUAAGAACGAUGGGUCAUUAAUCCAUUGUAACCCAUUUUACUGUUCUGUUCUUAUGCUCGAGCACAGGGCUGCAUAUCUGCAUCAGACACAUUAGAUUGGCUUUCUAGAAAGAAUUUCUUAAGAGAAAAAAACGCUGACCUGUGAUAAAAUGCAGCUUUUUGUUGUUGUGACUUUCAGCACCCAUCAGGGGUAAGCACAGCAAGUCACUUGCAUGUUUUGUUACACACAGUCAUAAUGCCUGCUGGCCUUUCUGACACAACCCCUAUACCGGCAGUGGCACGGUAUUCGGUUACUGGCCAGUAUGGGCAAUUCUAGGAUCAGAAGUUUAGGAGUGCUGGGAUUCAUUUUCGGGGUGCUUCAGCACUGCCCAAAAUGGACAAGAAACUCCUAUGCUGGCCAGGAAUCUAGACAGUGCUGGCUGCAUGAACCCGAGUGACAAAAUUGACCUUGUAUUAUAGUUUAACCAACAAUUGAACUCAUACAAAUUUGGUUGUCAUCUCUUAGCACGUCUGCCUCAAAGUUGUCAGGUUCUGGGUUCAAAUCUCGGCUCAGGCCCCGCUGUGAGGAAUUUGCAUGUUCUCUCCAUGCUUGUGUUGGUUUUCUUCAGGUACUUCCACAUACCCAAAACAUGCAUGUUAGGUCAAUUGAAGACGCUAAAACACCUGCCAUCUGGCCCGACACAUUUUGCUCACGCAAAUUAUGCGUCUACAUCGUAAUUCUUGCUAAAUGGAAUUGUGAGAAUAGUUUUUUGUCUCGAUGUGCCCUGUGAUUGGCUGGUGACCGAUCCAGACUGUACCGCGCCUCUCGCCCAAAGACCGCUGCGAUAAGACAAUGGUAUAGAACAUGGAUGGCUGGAUUAGUUUUACCUCAAGCCUGGACUCAAAUACAUGUUAUUACAAAGGCAAUAAAGUAUGGGAUAAUGUACAUAUUUACCCAUUAAAUACUGGAAAUCGGGGUCAGACAAUCUGCAUGAGUGCUGCAGUGCGUACAUCCCGUAGGAUUUUGAUAGCAAGCCUCAUUCUACAAAAGUAAUUUUCAUGUAUGCAAUAUUUUCCAUUUCACAGCCGCUUCACACUCAGGUACUUAUAUUUGUACUCUUUAGUUCUCGUAGGUGCCCAAGAUUUUCAGGUUUAUCCUUGAAAUUCAUGUUCAUGUGUUUAGAUUAAUGAGCAUGUCCGGUUUACAUCAGAAUACCAAAGGACCAAUGCAGGGCGAUCGUAAAUGCAAAGAUGUAAAAUUAAAUCAUGUUUACUUAUACACAUGACUAAAUAACACUGAAAUGAAGGACUGUAAAGUAUAUUUAUAUGACCUCAACAUGGUUUGGAUAAUUAAAAUCUACAAUUUAGGGGUUGAAAAUGAUAUUUCACCUGGAUUGCACAUUUUAUCGCAAUGGGUAAUGUGAAAAAUAUUGCCAGCAUAUUCCUUUACCCACUUGUCAAUAUGGAUAAUGUUGACCAUCAAGUAUUGCAUUAUGCGAUCUGCCUUUUAUUUGGUAUGUCCACAAGGGAGUAUAUGACUAGUACAGGAAUUUUUUUUUUUUUUCUUUAACAAAGUUGGCAGCAUGGAUGAAUAUGAUCAUAAUGAACACUGAAUUGAUAUUUAUACUGUACUGUAUUGUGAUUAAAGGGGAUAUACAAAA